AUGGCAAACAGGUUAUCAGCUACCAAGAUCCGACUACCGCCCAUCGACAGCAGCAUACAUGAUUUAGUAACUGGUUUGCCUAUCAAAAGUAGGAAUUCAGAAAAACGCAGAAACGUUUUGGAUAGAAAAAAAGGCAUCCAAGACCACUCGGUUAUCGACUUUCCUCCUAUAGUUCAGCCGCCAUCUCUCCAGCAAUUUGGCAGUUACGAAAGGCGAAAACCUCUUCGAAAUGCGUCAGUUAAAAUGACCCACAUUGAAAAAAUUCCAACUCAGUUUCCUGGGAAGAAGUUUGCUGUUUUACCACCGAUUGGAGGCAGUCAAUGUCAAGAACAGAAGAACAAACGAAGUGAUGAAAAUCCAUCGGUGCAACCAUGUGGGACGAUUCAAGAAUCAGUGGUAAAACGAAGAGCCACGAAAAAGGCAGAAUCAACUGAUUCCAGGGAUUCUAAUGAACUUAAUCCUAAUUCUGCAGUCAACAAAUCCAAACAAGUUCUUAAGAGGCAAAUCUCGGUUUUGGGCCUGGCAAAUAUUGACAGAAAACAAGGAUACAAAGUCGUAAAUAAUGGUCCUUCUGACGAAUCACAAACACUCUCGACAUCGAAGAAAAAACCCUUCGACAAGUCCAGCUUAAAUUCUCUAACCAACGCCGAAAUUUUUCAGCCGCGCUCUGAUUUACAAGAUGAUGAUAAUGUUAUUGAUGAUGAUGAUGAUGAUGACGAUUCAACCAUGAUGAAGCUCUCUGAAGUCCUGCAGUUUCUGGAAUGGAGUAGCGAGUUGCGCGAAUUUCUGAACGGAAAAAAUUCGUCUCGACGGAACGCUACGUGUACUGGUAUCGAUCCUAUGCUCACACAUGCAGUUGAUGUUAUUCGGGAUAUGCUGUUGAGACAGACUAUGGAGGAACUGUGUAUGAUGUGGUAGGUAAAAAGCCGAGAUACCGAGACAUUUUCAAAGGACCUCUCCACAUUUA